CGAGGUUUUAAUAUGGCUGUGAGAUCUCCAAAAUAUAUUUCUUUCGGUUGAUCUUAACAUAAUAAUCAGGAAUAUCAACAAUUUUCCCUCUUCCGUCUCUAUGAUUUUGGAGAGAUGCAGAGUGAGAGUGAUUCCGACAAUGAGUUCUUCGAUGCUGCAGAAAAACUUAAUUUAUCUGAGUCUUUCUCUUCAGAUUCGAGGUAAGGAGACUUUACGUAGCUUGAAUGCUAAUAUUUUUUUCCUACGUAGAUUCCAACUCGUGCAAAAGUGCUUCGUUUCAUCGUCAUUCAUGGAAAUUUCUGUGUUAAUUAUUCUGUUUGUAGCAAGGGAUAAUUAUUAUUCCUACGCUUACAUUUGUCUGUGCGCGAUUUACUUUCAGUUUGUUGCAAAACAACAUUCUUCUGGGAAUUUUAACAUUUUAUAAGCGCUUAAAUCUUUCCUGCUUUUCUCAGCCUUUAGUUUUCUUCAAAUUUUGUUUUGUUCUUUUGCAGAGGGCCAAAGGAUGAAGAGACCGCACAAAAGGUAACUUUGUUUACCUGCAUUUUAACUGUGCACAUGUGCCACAUAAUCAGCACGAAAUUUUAACGCACUUUGAACAGGACGAACACCUGUCAUCACUCUAUGAUAUUUAAUCCAAAUAAUCCAUUCAUUGGGUUUUUAAUCGUUGCAUUUAUUUUUAAUGGUGGCUUCUGCCCGUGACUGUAGGUUUUCUCUUGUGUCUCUUGUAUGGACUUGUGGCGUUGUGUUUCGGGAAUACAAUCAACGUCAAAUAAAUUCUCUUUAGCUACUGUCAUUUUUCUAACAAAGGUAAACGGUGUCAAUUUGAUCUUAAAUUCUAAAUGCGAAAUGUUUAUUUUUUGCAACUUACACAACAUAUUCUGUGGGUUUUGCAGAUGAGAUUAUUUUCUGGCAGUUGAAUAUACCUGAAUUAUUAUUUUUAUUGCAAAUGAAGUUAUGAAAAGUGAUGCAAGACUGCAAAUGAGAAUAUGCAAGUAAAUAUAGAGAUAUGAAUGACAAUGGAUUUUCCACACAGGAACAUACAUGCACAUUUUUGUUAUAUUUUUCUGUUGUUUAUUUGGUGUUAGUAACUGUGUUAACAGUUAACAGUUAACAAAUUCAUAUAUGUGGUAACUUGGAGGAGAGAUUGAAGUAAGUAUUUGGGCACUGAAAAUAUACUUUGGAAUAUCGUUUUGCCAAAAUUUGGAAAUAUGGAAUUAAAGGAAUAUUUUUGAUGUCAAUUAAUGGCAGAAUUUUGGAAACAGGAGGUCUAGAGAAUUUUUUUUUAACAAUUAAGCAGCACACUCAAUAAGUCAGCAAGCCUUGUCUAGCUACUGGCCAGAAAAUUAGAUUUUAAGUUUCUACAAUAAAAUGAAUCUAUCAUCUUGUCAAUGUGUCAUAGGGUUAGAAGUAAUAUGCUGAUAUUUGUUUGAUUUCUUGUAGGAUGUAGUGGAUGGACUAUUUAGAGAUCAUUCAACUGAUAUUUCUUUGAACGACCAGACUCCAGGAGAGGACUCAGUUCAGGCAGAAAGUUCUGUGGUUGAGCAAACAAAAGAGGCAGACAUUGUCAAAACUCAUGGGGAGAGCACUGCUUUCCAUCAGUCAACCAGUGAUUUGGGCAACCGAGAAGAAACCAGUGAUGCAUCUUUACCUUUACACAUGACUCAUAAUGAUUGUAAACUUGACCCAGAAAUAACAGAUCCAAAUAGUUCAACAGACUUUCACAAUGUAGCUCAGGCUUGUUUAGGUGAAAGGGAAGUACAAAGUGACAAAAUGGCGACAAAGGAGACAACUGAAAGCAUUGUCACAAAGGAGAGUGUAGGGUCUAAUGCUACUGUUGUGAAAAAGACAGAAUUUGCAAAAAGCAAAACAGAUGCCAGUCAGAUUGUUGCUGAUGUUGUUGAGAGUAUAGAACAGGAAAGUGCACCUCCUGUAGCUCCUCCCAGAAGACGGAAGAAAAAGAAGAAAGCUUCCAUAGGAGACCAGGUGAGUUUACAAAAGAUGUGUAAUGGAUGAUGUAAUAAAAGUUAAGUAUCCUGAAGUCAGAAUCACAGGUUUUCUUUCUACAAAUACAACCUUCUGUACACUGUAAUUCUCCCACAACUUUUCUAAGAAAAAAAGACUUGCUCCAUAGUGGCAUGAUUGACUGCACUCACUUGCAGUGUUAAUAAAAACUCAUCUACAUUCCAGCUCAUCUCUGACAAUAGCUUGAGUUUGGGAGACAGGGUGGUGGUGAUGACCGGUGUGCUAGUCACAAUCUUUGCAUCAAAAUGUCCAAGUCUGGAAGCCUUACUCAGGGGUCAUUGUGGUGUGUUCUAAGAACACACCACAAUGCACAAUGCCCUAAGAGUGACCAGCAUCUAAUUUCUCCUUACAAUAUCACCUCUGAACCAAACCUUAAGGUACCAAGAAUUAAAGAAAUGAUCAUCAACUAAAUAAAGCUCUUAGUUGUUAAAAAAUUCCUCCUUGUCACCACCAUAGGAACUGUACAGGGAACAGUAUGUAGAAUAUGCAUACAGAUGUCAGGGUAUAAAGGGUGAGGAACAAAGCGAUAGCCUCAUGUCAGCUAUACCUCUCUAAUCCUUGUAAGGCUGCAUAGUAGUAAUAUCUAUUUAAAGUAUUUUCCAAGUUCAACAGAAGUUAUUCCUGAAGCGGAAAGCCCACCGUGUUGACUUCCUCUUUAUUACCUUUUAGAAACCAGGGUCACCUACACCUUCAGAAAGCACUGGGCCAGACUCUGCUGUCUCUACACCUACAGAACCAGAAACACAUAUUCCUGCAAGAGUGUUUGCCAAAGCAGUUCUCUCUAAUGAACAGGAUAGCACAACAAAAGAAUUCGAAUUCCAAACUACUGGAUCUAAUCAAGACAAUCCUAGUAUUCAUGUUGAUGCAAAUAACAAGGAGAUGAAAACUGUGCUGGACAGAACAAGUUCAACAGAAGUUAUUCCUGCAUUGACUUUAGAUUCCAGACUGAAAUCUGACAGUGUGGCCUCCAUUAAUAGUGCAAAAUCAGAUAGCUAUGGAAGUGUUGCAAGUAAUUUAUCAAAUGGUAUUUCUGAAAAAGCGGGUUCAUUCACUUCUGUUGCUAGUAGUUUUUCAGUUCAUCAACCAUUUGGAUCUCACCAUGGUUUAGUACGAUACAGAUCAGCUUCAGGAAGACCCUUGUCUGAUAUUGUAAGUACACUCUGACUUCUUGCACACAACUGAUACCAUCACACAGGGCUUGAGAGUAUGACUGACACAGGUACCAAUAGGACUUACAUUUUCUUGCUAUAGACUAACAGUUCUGGCCUCAUCACCACUUUGGUUACAAGAUUUUUGUUUAUUUUAUAUCAAAAGUUAAACUAGUCAAGUUUGAAAGUACAUCAUAUAUACCUAGUAGUUGUCUAUUUUUAUUUCCAUCUAUUAGGGUUUUCUGUUUUUAAGGAGUCGCUUUUGAAUUUUAAUAUAUUUCAUUAAGAUUGGAAUUAGAUAUUUUUAAUUACUUUUGUGGUCCUAAGCUUAAAAAUAUCCAGUUCCCCAAUCUAAGACAUUGUGCAACACCCAAAGCAGGUUUUACAUGAGAGUUCUAAUCUUCUCACUUAAAUGUCUCCUCCACCAUGGUCUCUAUUUAAUCACUCAAGCUUCUAAGUGUGUUGUAAUUUUUUGUAGGAAAUUUUAGAACAAGUGAUGGUAAAAAACCUUGACACUGGUGAAGCUGUACCACUGAGUGUAGCAGAGGAAAAAUUACCAAAAUGUACCAACCCUUUGGCUUUACAGAUCAUGAGAUUAACAUCUGAGUAUUCAAGGUAACGUUACCCUCUAACCCCUAAGAGUGACUAGUAUUUAAUUUCUGCCUACAAUUCACCCCUAGAUUCAAACAUUCAAGUUAUGAGAAUAAAGGAGAUGAUCACCAACUAAAAAAGGUCUUGAUUAUUAAACAAAUUCUCCUUGUCAGCUGCUUUGGAAAUGUGAUAGGAACAGCAUGAGAAUAUGCAAGUUGAUAAGCAUGUUCAGGUGUAAAAGGUUAAUGACUACAGAGCACUGCUUUGUUUUAUAGCCAUUUUAAAGAUUGCAGGAUUACCACUAUUGAGGAGGAAGGUUUAAGCAUGAGACUAAACAUUUUGAUGAAAAAUACCUUCCCUGAUACAUGUUGUAUCUCUCUACUUUCCCUGUAAAUGUCGGGUGCUCUUACUGAUAUUUAUUUACUCAUAAUUUUUUCAGCAAUCCAGACCUUGCAAACCAAGAUAAUGAGGAUGGACUGGAACGAAAGGCUGCAAAGAAGACGUAAGCUAUUACCACUGUUUUUCUAUUUUCAAUUGUUAAUCAUUUUUAAGUUACUAAGAUUCAAUUUUAGAGGCCAAUGAAUAAGUUUAUGUUAACUUUAUUUCUCAUAGGAAAAAACUGAAGAAAUUUUUUGGGAAAAAAGCAAAGAAGCCUGAUAAACCUGCAAAAGGUUUGUGUGUCAUUGUAUUGGUUCAGGAAUAAGAAGACUUUCUAUUGGUGUACUGGUGUAAAAACCCGCAUGGGAUGUUGGGAGAACACUCGAAAAAUCCUCCAACAUCCCACAAGGGAUAUUAUAUUGGUAAACCUGUGGAAAGUGCAGUCUAUUGCUUUUAAGGUAUUCUACUCCAGUGCAAGGAGCUUUUGGUCAAAUUACAGUUUAGGUCAAACCUAUCAUAACUUGAACUUGAUGAGAUGGCAAAAGUAAAGUGACAAAGCCUGUUCCUUUGUUGGAUUUAGGAUAGUGAGAGGUCUUAACCACUUUUUGUACUGCUAAUAAGUACUUAUAGGAAUUUUUGAAAUCUUAUCAAAAGAUGCUAAAAAUAGUUUAAAAAAAAAUCAUCAUCUUUGAAAAAGAUGUUAAAUAUCUGUGUAAAAGUGUUGCCAGUCAAUCUGUACCUCAUGUUAUUAUGAUUACAUUUUAGCUCGCAAAGAAGAUAGUUCCUCCAGUGAUGAAGAAACUCCUCAGGACUCUCCAGCUCCUCUCAUCAAGGUCAGCUGAAGCUUUAAGUAUAUAUGUAGAUUACCUGUUAGUUCCAUGCUGUUAGUUCCAUUAUGUAGAGUGUUACCUGUAUGAGGGUGGUGGGACAUGUGACUGUUAAUUCCUAUACAAAGCAGGGGUAUGGAUAUGAUUCUUGUGUUGUUUGGGCUGAUUUUUUGUUUUGUAUCUUUGUGUAAUGGUGUUCUCCAGGGUCUCUAGUUUCCUCCCAUUACAAAAACAAACACUGCAAAUUCCAACUGAAGCAGGUUAAGGGUUACCUUAUGAGCAACUCACUGCUGAAUUCCAAAUUAAUAUUUAGUUUCCAAUUUUUCUUUCUCAAUUUAAAUGUUGCCUCUUGUUAAGUACAUUGUACCUGCUUGAGCACCAGUAUGGGAAACCCUUGCACCACCUAAUACAUUUUCCCAUGUCACAGCUGGCUUUCUUUUUUAUCUACACUUUUCAGGUGUAUCUCUCAUUGUUAUCAAAAUGCCCUAUGUGUUUAUCUUAAUUUCACCUAAUUUUUCGCAGAUAAAAUCUGGUCAUGGUAAAGGUCCACCUGAGUUUGAAAAGUUGAGAAUUUUGCAGGAUCUUAGUGGGGAGCAUGUGGUAUGUAAACUAUACUACAUUGUAACUUUAAAUAAAGAAACAUUAGUUCUUAAUUUUUCACAUUAGGUCUUUUAGUGGGGAUUUAAGGUGAUUAAGUUAAAAAGACCAUGGUGCCCAGUGCUUAUAACAGGUAUCUGUUGAUUGGAGUGGCAGGGAGUUUAUCAACUCCUUGUGGAUGGGAUUCUUUUUCAUGGCUGGUACCACUUUGACAGAAUUUCUCCUUACUAUCAAACAGAGAAGCAAUGAGAAUUAAGAAAGGUAUAAAUUAGAGGAUAAUUUAUUGAUCCAAUACCAAAUUCUCCAACUGCAUGACAAACAGUAAGGAGGAUUACCAAUUAGAUCUUGAGAGUGAAUGGGGUAACCCUUAAGUAUUUUUUCACGUUACCCUGUUAGUUUGGGUACCAUGUGUGGAGAGAAGCUUCCCAAGAGUAAAUUGCCUUUCCCAGUAACACAACAUCCCCUUCCUGAACCCAGGAUGCUUACCAAUUUGUUUGCUGGUUAAAUUGAGCAACAUUUUAUUUAUUUGGUUUGUUAUUAUUCUUAUAUUUUUUUAUUAGGGAGCUGUGUGGACAAUUAAGUUUACUCUCUGUGGCAGACUUAUGGUAAGCUAAUCUCCUUCUCUACCAACAUGCUGGAGGUGAGCAUGAUAGAAAUUCUCUUUUACAGGUUAAUUCUGUUUUUUCUUUCUCACAAUUUGUUCUUAUUUUGCACCUGUAGGCUACAGCUGGUCAGGAUCAUAUGGUGGUAGGCAAAAAAAGUUUUAUUGGCACUAAUUCUCUUGACUCUACCACUCCCAAGAUUGAAUUUUAGUGUUUAAUUCCCCUGUCAACAUGUAGCUGCUUGUUAUUUCCUUUCGGAUCAAUAAAAUAAUUCAUGUUGUCAGUUUUUGUGGUAUUUCUUGUACUCACUUCACUGGUUGUAUAAUUGUUUUUGAGAAUUCAAACCUUGGUUUUCUUUGUGUUAAUGUGUAGAGAGUUUGGGUGCUUAAGGAAUCUCAAGGUUAUUUUGAAGAAAUGAGAGCAAAAUAUUCAAAAACAGGUAAGAUUGCAUUACAUGGGAUAAGCUGAAUAUUAAAGAAUUGUGUAAGUUAUCUAAAGUUUUUUUGCUAGCAGAUAAAGGAGCACUUGAAUGAGUAUUACAGUAUUAUGGUGUGAGUUGCUUUUUCAUUUGCACUCUGCUUGGUAUUUGUAUUUGGAGGUCUCAAAUUAUUGUGUAUAAGGAAAUCUUGAACAUUAGAGAAAUUUUUUCAAACAUUGCUUGGAUACAGUGUCUAUCUUUCAGUUCAAUUAAGUGGGGCCCGAAUGAGACUUAAUUUAAAGAGGAUGACAUAUGACAGCCAAUAACCCUGUAACCCUGUUUGUUUUUUGCUAGCUUGUUUGUUUGUUUAAUAAAUAUAUUUAUUUUUUAAGGUGAUAAUUCAUCAUCAGAACAAGAACCAAAUUCAGAAGAAUACUCACAAAUGGAGGAAACUUUAAAAGGAGGUGAAGAAAACACAGUAGAUGCUGUAGAGGGGCAAACAGAAACCAGUGAAGCCAGUGAAGUUAGUUCCUCUUUUUCAUUUUGAAACCAAUUUUUUUUUGUUUCUUUGGUAAACAUUGUAGUAAAAAGUAAUGACAAAUAACUCCCUUGUGAAAUUGAAAACUUGUUCUUAAGUAGCCAUGUGUGAUUGUUUUAGGAGCCUGUUGCAGAAGCCCCUGUUGAAGAGGAUCUGGGCCCAUAUAUGAAAACACCUCUGUGUACUUAUUGUGGGCACACUGGAGAUGUUCUUGAUUUGUCUUGGUCAAAGGUAUGAAGAAAAAAAGUCAUUUUUUUUAUUAUUUAUUGGGGAGCAGACGUGAUCACUUGCUUAUUUUUACUCAUCAUUUUGUUAAUUUUUCUGACAGAACUACUUUCUUUUGUCCUCCUCAAUGGAUAAGACUGUAAGGUGAGCACAUUAAAUUUGAUAGAUGGAGCCAUGUAUGGCACCAGUUUUCUCCGUCAGAUUACUUGUUACAUUUUCAUUUCUUUCCUGUGUAUUUUUUUAAAUAAUUAUUUUCGGGAGAAUUAUUCUGUUUACCUGGGGGGGGGGAGAAGGGGGCACAAAAUAUUUUGAGAGAUUUGAAGAACUGAAAUGAUCAAAGGGCAGAUUACAAGAUUUUUAAUAUUUGUUAUUGCAGGUUAUGGCACAUCUCCAGAUCUGAAUGUCUGUGUUGUUUUCAACAUAUAGACUUCGUGACAGCUAUUUGUUUUCAUCCAAGGGUAAGUAACUGCUAACUGCUAUGGUGAAAACGAAGAGAGUGUGUGAGGGAAAGGAAGGAAGGGUUUUUUUCCUUUUUUUUUUUUCAAAUCUGCCGUCGAUGAAACAUUUUGAUUUGUUAUUGAGAGAACAACACCAUGAAACACUACUUGCAUUUGGCGAUUUUUCAGACUUAAUACUAGUUUGGAAUGAUGUUAUUUUUUGCUUCAGGAUGAUCGGUAUUUCUUAAGUGGUUCACUCGACGGGAAAAUUCGUUUGUGGAACAUACCAGAUAAGAAGGUAGCAUUGUGGAAUGAAGUUGAAGGAACUGGUAAUUACCUUCAUUUCUUCUCUUGAUGUCUGUUUUCAACUAUUAUUUUUUCGAUAGCGCUUUUUGGUGGCAAUUUGUAUUGAAUGAAAUGUCACCCAAACGAGCAAAUUUAGACUGACGAGAAGUCUCUCCUUUUCAUUGGGGUCUGUCGCCAAAGAAUAAAAAGAAAUUAGUGAAAAAAAAAAUUGAUGUCAGCGCGUCACGUGAUGCUCUGGUUGUGCGCACUCCCAGAGUUCCGCGGGCCGCGCGACGGACAACGCCGAAAAGGAGGGACUGCUAAGAAAAUUAUGUGUUUACUCCGAAAUUGCAGCAGCAUCUCUAUUUAUUUACGUUCGUUCCUAUUUUUCUUGAUAGGGAGUAACCUAAUAACUGCUGCAAAUUUCUGUUUGAAUGGCAAAUUUGCCGUUGUUGGUACAUACGAUGGACGAUGUAUCUUUUAUGAAACAGAGGUAAGGCCCGUAUCGCUUUGUAUUUAAGAAUCUAGGUCUCGAAAUCGACGCUUUGUUUCAGGUUUCCCCCGGGAAAAUGAAUCCGCACUUUGUCUUCGUAACAAAGAGCUAAGCCACAGUCCGCCCAGCCUGAAAUGUUUUAGCCUCAAAGUGUCAAGUUUUAUCAUUAUCUCCGUCCUUUGCUAUCCUUGGUCAUUUUUUUGCUUAUUGUUGUUUCUGUUGUGUUUUUGUAUCUCACCAAAUUUACAAUCCGUGUCAAUCUUCUCCAUCCUAGACGAUCCUUUCUUCUUGGUUAGUUUUUGUUUCCUCUUUUGUGUUUUUUCUUAUCUUUCCAACUAAUAUUUUUUUGUUACUUAAAUCCUUGUUAAUCUUCAUCUUAAACCAAUCUGGCUCCUUUCCAAAUUUUUUGUUGUUUCAGCAUCUCUCUUUUCGUUCCUUUUUUAAUAACUUUUUCUUCCUUUUUUUUAUAACUUUUCCAAGAAUUUCAAGUUUGGCAUAGUUUUUAACAUUAUGAUAAUUCUCGUUUUACAGCGACUCAAAUAUCAUACACAGUGGCAAGUGCGAGCUGCCAGAAACAAGAAGGCUCGCGGCAGAAAGAUUAGCGGCAUUGAACCAAUGCCAGGGGAAGACAAGGUCUUUACAGUUGUAUUACUUACGCUUGAGUACAUUUUGAUUUAGUUUCAAACGUCAGCUGGGAUUGCUAAAUGGUUUCUCUUCACUUUGCUCUGUGAUUGGUUUGGAAAACUCGCGCCGGCCUUUAACAAAUCAGAUGCAAAACUUAAGCUAAGCGCGACUUGAUACUUACCCUUUGGUAAAUGUAUUUGUAUUUAAUAAUACACUUCCAGUUCUCAUUAGGUGCUUGCGAUGUAAUCAUUGUUCUCAGAGGCCAUCGUGACAAUCUUAAAACAGCGCUCGGUGGGAUAUGCUUUAACGUCUCGGAAAGUUUUCAAAUAAAUAAACAUGUUUUUUCUUGUUUCCUCUUCAGGUUCUUAUCACAUCAAAUGAUUCAAGAAUAAGACUUUACGAUCUCAAGGACAAUUCUCUGAACUGCAAGUACAAAGGUUGUGUAAAUACCAGCAGUCAGAUCAAGGCGGGUUUCAGGUAACAAACGCAGGAAUUUUUUCAUGUACGCACAAUUGUGUUAAUCUUGUUCAGCCGGAAAAAAACUAAUGAAAGGAAAUACAAACAAAGAAAGCAGCGAAAUCAGAGGAACUCUUGUGUAAUAAAAAUUAAAGAAGAGGAAUAAUCAUUGGUGUAACUGUUCUUCUUAUCUGAUCACUCAACUGCAUUAGCCAAUGAAAAAAGCGUAAAACAUGUCAUAAAUGACAUUACGAGCCAAUAAAAAGAAAUUUAAAGCACGUCAGCAGCGUCAAACUUUAAGAAAGGGGGUGGGGGAGGGGAAAGGGAUCAUGGCUAUGUCCAACAGACAAUGUUCUGAGAUAAGUAAACUGUGUGUAUAGACGAAUUGAAAAGUCGGUAAAGCUGAACUAAAAUAUUUCAGGAAUAUCCGACACAGCUAAAUAAUUACCUUUCGUGAUAAUUCACCGUCAAAUAUUCAGGAGAAACCCAAUGAAGAAUGUAAGGCAUACAGGGAAAACAAUUUACUGAUUUCUUGUUCUAUAUUUUGUAGCCAUGACGGUCAGUAUGUCAUUUGCGGCUCAGAGGAUCAUUUCGUUUACAUCUGGAGAACUCAACACGGAUUUCCUUCCUCCAGGCGGGACAAAAACGAGUUUUAUGAGAGUUUUUCAGGUGAGACAAAACUGUUGAAUGUUAAGAAUCUUUUCACGUGUAAAAUAUUCCGCUGAUGAAGACCAACUCUUAUUCAAUAAUGAAUAAAACGACUUUUUUGAACGUAACGGUUGAGCUGUGAGACCAAGUGUUGGGGAUCAUAGCUACAAACAAUCACAAAUUCCAAGGGGCCUCUUCAAGUCUUAAAUAUUUAUGAAUUAAAGUUUGAAUCAAGAAGAAAAACGUUUUACUUUUUAACGCAAAACCGCGUUGUUGAGCGCAUUUUCAGUCAAAUUUGCCACCAAUGAAGUACUUCAUUGACACUGUCUACAAAUUGCUAACGAACCAUUACAUGCAGUAUCCGUUGAAACUGUCCACUCUUAUCUUUUUUUUCUCCCAAGCCCACGCGGUUGUGGUGACGGCAGCAAUGUUUGCCCCAGUUCCCUGGCUAAUCGUUCCUCUAGACUCGAGCGUUCAUCAAACCACGACAGAGGUACUUGUGACCGCUGACUGGAGCGGUGCCAUCAAAUUGUUUGUGAACAGAUGACACGCAGCUGCCCUUAUUUGGAAUAUCGGUGGAAACUGUUUAGCUGGUCUAGAAAGUCCUCGUCACGUGGUUAUUCAAAUUCUCUGUCUAACAUGAUGGUCUACCCAGAUUGUGAACGGGAAUUACGUGACAACUUUCUUUGCGUAUCCUAGACGAACACCAGUGUACAGUGAUGUGGUAUCAUUUGCAGUUUAUUCUGCACUCGUUCUCAUUUUUUCUAUCUGGCACGCGGCACGGUAGUACGUUGGGUGAUGGGAAGAGGACUGAGAGAGAUGACUUCCAUCUCACUUUCUGUGGCUGUCACCCUACCCGUCGUGCCUCGCGCUCCCUUGCUGAUCCUGUUGGCCGCCGUUGCUAUGAAGACUUAGAAAAACAUAGGCUUUAUUCGGUCACUUUUCCGUGAAAGCAAACAGAUGAAAUAUUUGAAUACAAUAAUAUACUCAAGAUCCAGUAAACUCAUUCAAGUAAUGAAUCAAUUCUUUUUUGUUUGCUGGACUUGAGCUGUUGCACUACUCGUGCUAAAUUCGCCAAGAGAAAGGGAUAAGUCCUCCAAUAUCCAGGCUACUUAAGUCUCAGUCGAAAAAUUGUAAACAGACUUGAAUAUAAAGCAAUCGAGUGAAAAGCUCUCUUUUUUAAGCUGUGGAAAUUUAAAAAUUUUAAUUUGCCUAUCAAUCGACAGAGUUUUUUUUAUUUGGUUAAAUAUUUUUCCAGGUGGAUUCUGACAGUCGAUUGGGGAUGUAAGUUAUUUAAAAUUUCAAUACAGAUUCUAAAGCUAUGAUAAUUAAUGUUAUUAUAAACAAAGUGGUCGUAGCCGUAAUAUUAGACAUAUCAGAUAAUUUGUAAUUCUAUUUAAGAGUGAAUUGGCAGGGAAUCGAGGUUUAUUUGAAUUUUGAUCUGUUAUAUUUGUUUUCGUGUACGCGGGGAAAUGAACCGUGUAUCCCUGUGGUAGUUAUCGUGAUUAAAUGCUCUCACACAUGAACGUGCUUUGAGCUGAGUGUCUUCUAUGAAUUGUAUGGUAGUCUUGUGUACAAUUUCAAAUGUCUUAAAUCCAUUUCAAGCGGUUAAAUUUUGAUGAUCUGAAAGGUACUGAACCCAAUUCCUACAAUUACGUACAUGAAAAGAUCGACGUUUAAAUCGUUGACGGUUUUCAUAUCUUAUUUGGGUCGACCCAAGAAUUACGUCCUAGUUGUUUAACAUGGGAGGGUCGACUGGAAAACGACUCAACUUCAAACGUCCAACUUUUUAUGUCCUGAAGAUAGCCCAUGAAUAGGUAUAAUUUAUUUUUG